CUCUCAGUUACUCUUCCUGGGCAAUCGCGAACAGCUGCGGAGGUGUCACCGAUCCCCGAGCAGCGCGGGGUGGCGUGCGUGGGAAUUGGGUUCCUGCUCCGAUUUGCACUGGCUCGCACCGAGGCUAUCUCGGCGCUUUGUCCCUCCGUUGAGCAAAGAGCUGAAUGGGAAUUCUGUGAUAAAUCGCUUUUAAUGCAAAGCGCGCGUUUGGUCCCACAGUGCUGAAUGGGAAUAGCUGCAGCGUGUGAGCCGGGAGGGCGCAGCGCUCCGGCUGUUAUCUCUGCUCGAUUCCCACUUUGAUGUGGCUUCGCACUUGCAAACUAGCCCGCUCGGGACUGAAGCGCCUGUAUAAGAGCUGAUCGAAGCCGACAGCCCCAGCCCCUCACCGCCAUGAGCCAGGCCGACUUUCCCCUGGCAGAGCACAAAUCCGACGGGAUGCGGCCCCACAUCUGCUGCGUCCCCCCUCCCCGCGCCCCCACCUCGCAGGGCCGCGGCCGCAAUUCCCUCCUGGCCAGGGCCGAGCCCCGACGGGGGAGUCCGCGACCAGAACAGCCCUUGGACUGCGAGCCCGGCGCGGAGCGGCGGAGUGGGACCUGUCCCCAGGAGCCCAGCGAGCGCUACCUGUCGGAGCCAGCCCCUGACGGCGGAUGGCUGAGCGCCGACGAGUCCUCGGGCUACGAGAGCGAGAGCGCCGGCGGGGAGCGCUCGGAAGCGGAGGCGCCGUGCGGGAGCCGCGGGCGUCAGCGGCGGGCGCGGACCGCCUUCAGCUCGGAGCAGGUGUGUCGGCUGGAGAAGACAUUCCAGCACCAGAAGUACCUGGGAGCCUCGGAGCGGAGGAAGCUGGCAGCCGCCCUGCAGCUCUCCGAGGUCCAGAUCAAGACGUGGUUUCAGAACAGGAGGAUGAAACUGAAGAGGGAAAUCCAGGACCAACAGCACCUCGUAUCUCCUGCUCCGCUCUACAGCUUCCCCCCGGGAACCACCCCUCCAGCCCUCCUUUCCGAUGAAGGCUUUCCGUUGUCUUUCCACUAUCCCUUUGCUCCACAGCACCAGAGACUCCUGCCUCUCCCCCCGGUGUCUGCGAUGCAGCUCAGCUUCUCCUUCCCCAGAUACGAUGCUUUUCAAAGCACCUACUGCUUCACGGCAAGCGAGCUGCCGUACUACCAUCAACACUUGCUUCCUCCUCAUCCUUCUUUCCAUUCAGUAAUUCAGAAUAAAAUGGACAAUAAAUGCUAUCCUCUGUACACCUGAUAGUGAAAACAAAACAUGGCAGACAAACAGGAAAAAUUGAUGAGUAUGAUGUAUUAGAAUAGUGAGAGAAUGUAUUAUUUUCCACUUCGAUGGAUUUUUUUUUCUGAUUUGUAAUCUUACAUGUUUAUUUUUCUAAAUUAAUUGUAAAGAGUAAUAUUUAUUAAUAUUUGUACUAAUUAGCAUUAAAAUUUAUUGGAUGUGGUGCCUCUCGGUCUUCUUUAUGCCUCACCUUUUUGAAAAGCUUUAUUUUUUUCCCCAAAUACUUCUAUCUUCGUCCUUUGAUUUGCACUUGUGCUGAAGAUACCUUAAGCACAGCUGAAAGGCAAAAUUAUGCUAUAGCUAUGAUGCACUUACAGUUUUGUGCCUACAGCUUUCAUUUUGUGCUUGCAGAAGCUGAAAGGGAACUGAAGGAAGAAAAGCCAAAGCAAAAAAUUGCAUUUGCAAGAUUUCCCACGGUGUAGAACAAAGUUAAGUUUAGCUUGGACUGGAAAUUGCACACCUUCGGUUUUCGCAUGUAUAUAAAUUGACAGAUGUUACCUGUGCACAGUGUGCAAAGGUUUCACUUGUGAACUGCUCUUUCAAUAGUGGGGAAAAAUUAAAAAAUUGUGUGCAUAUUACCUGGCUUUCCUGCAGUCACAGUGAGAGGGAUUCUGUAUUUUGUCAUGUUUGAGAGCCUGAGCCUUGCCAGCUGUAUCAUACCAUGUUUGAGGCACAGCAAAGGAGGAAGAUGAAGGUGUUUUUCUUCUGUAUAUUAAUUGAUGUAUUGCUGAAAACAGUCUGUUUUCCACCUGAGAGUUCCAACCAUGUUACUCACAGAUGCUUGUGCAGCUGAUUCAUUUUUUUAACAGUGAUUAAAUAGUUCAAAUGUUCAGUUUAGAGUUCUAAAGUUUUACAAUUAUCAAAGCCAGUAUCUUGAAAAAGAUUUAAGAGCAUAAUUAGAGUUCUGUUAAUAGUUGUAUUGUCUAAAUGAGAUUUUAAUCUGCAAAUUUGGCCUUUGAUUCCCCACUGAAUGCUCAUGGUAAUUGCAUAUUUUGAAAUACUCCUUAGGUAGAUUGAUGCUUUUAGGAGAAGCAGCAUUUGAAGGGAGCAGCUUUAGUUUUUUUGCUCUAACGAUCCUGAAACUUUUCCCUUUCCCAUUAAGAAAAAGUGGUCGUUCUCAGGAUGGUGGUUUUUCCAUGGAGGGAAGGGAUUAAUUAGCACUUUUCUUUUAGAACUUAAUGAAGCUUAUUCAGUUCUUCUAAGUGCAUUAAAAACUAGAUUGGUUGCUGCAAUGUAGUCUUAAUUUUCCCCUUGUUGCCCUGCACCCCAGGGGCUUCGAGUUUCAGUGUAACAGCCUGGGGGCUCCUCACUUUUGAAAUGAUAUCUAAACCUGAUGCCGUCUUAACACUAAGAGGUGCAAGGUUGGCAGUGAACUUCCUGGUCAGCAGGGGAAGCAGUGUUUGGAAUUUACAGGGUAACUGGUCCUAAGUUGCCAUGCUGCAUUUUCUCUGGGUUGCACAGCCUGUGUGCACAGUGGCAGAUUAAUGCACUUUCUGUCCAUUCAGUUCCCGGGCCCCAUCUCAGAGCAGAGUCCUGGUGGGGCUGGGAGCAAAAAGGUGUGGGUGCAUUGGGAGAGGGAUCUCCUCUGAGUGACAAAGAUGGGUUGCUCCCCUUCAGCCCUGUAAGGUAUGGAUGCUUCUUUACAGCAUGGUUGGUGAUUAGGUUUUGGGGUAUUACACCAGAGAAAACAAUCUAAACAGAAGGUAGGACUGUGGGCGGAAGUUUAUCUCCUAUUCCUCACUGUCCCUUGUUGUCUGCCAAGAACUGUACAUUCAGCUUUGCUCUCCUCAACCCCAAAACACAAGUGGGGUAGUGAAGAACAGCAGCAUUGUACAAUGGGGUUGUAGGCCAUGUUUAUCAACUCCUUUUUUAUUCAUAACCUCUACCUCAAAAAGAGAUAUUCUAUUGUUAUUUUCAUUGGACAGUGCAAAGUUAUUUAGCUUUCAGCUAGCAAUCAGGUUAGGAUGGUCACGGGCAAGAGAGAUAUAAUCAUACCUGCUGGUGUAGCUCCACACUGAUACAGGGAGUGCUUCUCCCUACUCCCUUCCU